AUGAGCUCAACAAUUUUGAAGCAAAAACUAGAGUCAGUGCCAGAUCAAACAAGUUCGGAAGAACAAAUGGAGAACUGGUCAAAAGAAACACACUUUCUGGACCAGAAAAAAGAAGACUUUUGUGUUGAGUUUCAGUUUCAUCAGAAUUCUCAAAAACACCCAGAACUUUUCAUCCAGGCAGAAGCUGAAGCACUGAAACUUUCAGAUUUGCCAGUAACCAGUCAAAGAGGAGGAGCCCCAAAUCACUAUAAUUCCGAUCCUGAAGAAUCAAGCACCGUAGCAAGAAAGGCUAACAGGAUGAUCCCUGAAUAUAUAUCCUCAUUGAAGGAUGCUGCAGAUUUAGGUGGAAAAACAGAAACUUCAUUCCUUUUAAAAGAAUUGGACACUCUGAGGGCCAAAAAUAAAAAGCUUCAAGAUAAGCUGUCUGAAAAGGACAAGGAGCUGAAGACAAUAAAACUGGACUUAGAACUGCAAGAGAGAGCUGCAGAAGCUAAGAUUGCAGAAAAGAUUGCAGCAUUGGUGGAAGAAGUUUAUUCUGCUCAACGAGAACGUGACGAGGCUGUCAUGGCAAGGCUUAGGUUAGCCAAUGAAGAGAGAGAUGAAGCCUUUCUGCGAGUCCAGCAUUUAGAAGAGUCUCUUAAAGAGCUAGAAAAUAUUAACCCUGAAGAAAAUGACAUGACAUUACAGGAAUUACUGAACAGAAUAAACAAUGCAGACACAGGGAUAGAUAUACUGAAGAAUGGAGCUAUAAUUCUGAAUCGAAUACACAGGACCAAAGAACGUAAAAAGAAAAUAAUAGCUGAGGAAAUGAAUGCAGUAAUAGAACAACGGGAUGCUGCUUUGUCUCAAUGCAAACGGCUGGAGCAGGAGCUUCAUCAUCUGAAAGAGCAGAACCAGACUUCAGCAAACAACACGAGACAUCUGACUGCUGAAAACAAUCAAGAACGUGCUCUGAAGGCAGAGUUGAUAGCCUUGCAACAAGAAAAAGAGGCCGCUCUUCAGCAGUGCAAAAAAUUAGAAGAAGAAAUCCAGACAUUGCGUGUUUAUUACAGCUUAUACAAAUCUUUGUCUGAAGGAAUGAGUCUGAAGGACGAGCUUAACUGUACUUUUGGUACUUCUGAAGGUGGACCGCAAGGCAGGGAGGGUGUUGUGACCCUUACCUAUCACCAGAUUGAAGAUCUGGCAGCUCAGCUGCAGCAAGCUCGGUCAGAGCAAAAGGACACAGAGCUGAAGCUCCAGAAAGCCCUGGAGGCUUCACGGGAGGCCAACGAAAAAGUUCAGAAGUUGGAAAGGCUGGUGGACGUCCUGAGGAAGAAGGUUGGAGCAGGGACCAUUAGGACCGUGAUCUGAUUGAAAGCUCUAGUCUAAGGAAGCAUUCACAUCUGGUGACCAGGCUGCUUCAUUCAGCACUGUGUAAACACUAAAGCCUUAACUUAGCAAACAGUUGUUAGAAGUGGGACACUCCAGCGACAUUCCAAGCUGAGAUAAAAUCAAAUCAUAAAUGUUUAACUACUUUGCUGCUGAGUUCUGUGAUUUGUUGAAAUGUUUCACUGCAAACAUAUAUUUGUUUUUAAGCAGAUGCAUUGUGGCACUGUGUACUGUGAAAAAUGAUGUAGAUGCUUAUUUUAAGUCUGUCCUCUCGAUGUUACUAGACUAUAGUCUGCCGCAAGGCACAACUUGAUUGUGUUUUCAAAUACUGCAGGCUUCAGGUGCAAAAUCCUGCAAAACACUUUCAAAAUUUAAAUCCCUUAUGUUAAUUGUGAGACUGCAAACACUCCAGUAUUUGUAUGUUAAAUAUAUCAAUUGAUAAAGUAGGUU